AUGUUCCGUGCACCAGUCGCUCUCAUUGGGCAUCAUCGUACCAGCCACAGCACCCGGACGACACCACCCGAUGUCUCCCCGUCCAUCUCUGCCUCGUGUCGCACGCUGACAAUCGAUACUGACCACAGUCAUGAACCCCCGUUGCCAUCCUCCUCCGUCGCCUCAGCAUCCGCUACAACGGCUCCUGCACCCACCGUUACUGCACUCAAUCCUAACACACCGACCAACAUCAACCUCAUCAUCGCCACCAGCAGCGAUGUGGACUUGGUCCAUAUACCUGUCCUCAUUGCGACCACACCUUCACCUCGCACGUCGGCCUGGUCGGUCACUUACGAAUCCAUCUCACGGAGACUGGCGAACCAGUGUCUAGAGAACCAACAUACACCAGGCGCAUCCGCCUCAGCUGCCCUCACUGAAUCCGCACAUUCACUCACCGCAUGA